AUGUCCGCCCAGCUUGAUCUCGACUCAAUCUUGGAGUUCACUAUCAAUCUUGCUCUGGAGGCGGGUGAACUCAUCAGAUCAGGUCAGCAGAAACGAUUCGCAUCUGAAUCUGCGAAUGAAGAUGAGAAAGUCAAUAGUGUAGAUCUCGUGACUGAAGUGGAUAAAGCCGUAGAGGAAUUCAUAACAAAGAAGAUCAAGGAGACUUAUCCGGAUCAUCAAUUUAUCGGUGAAGAAACGUUCAAAGGGCAGAAAAUCACGGAUGAACCAACCUGGAUAGAUGGAACUACCAACUUCAUCCAUGGCUUUCCAAUGGUAGCUACCUCUAUCGGACUCGCUGUUGGCGGUGUACCUGUGGUCGGAGUCAUAUAUAACCCUUUCUUAGAUCAGCUUUACUCCGCUGCUAAAGGUAGAGGAGCUUAUCUUAACCGUAAGACCAAAUUACCAAUUACAGGAAAGUUAAAACCCCUGCAAUCUCUUGGUCACGCUUUGAUCGCAGUAGAGUAUGGGUCCGCUCGAUCAGCUCCACAACUCCCAUCUAAAGUGAAAACUUUUCAAGCACUCGCUGGAUCACCUGAACUAGGUGGUAAGAUGUGUCAUUCGCUCAGAAGUAUGGGUAGUGCUGCUUUGAACAUCGCGGCUGUUGCUAGUGGUGGUUUAGAUUUGUACUGGGAAGUUGGCUGUUGGGCUUGGGAUGUUUGCGCCGGUAUAUGUAUACUUCAAGAAGCAGGUGGUGUGAUGUUCGGUCCAAAGACAUCUUCCUUGUCAGGUGAAAUCGAUGGUGAUCUUCUCACCGGACGAAAAUACUUAUCUGUUAGAGGUAUUGCUCCCACUGCAACCGAGACCAGCUUGCAGGUCCAACAGAGAUUUGCAAAGGAGUUUUAUGAUACUACGGAUGACAUCGAACCUUAG